AUGCGAAGCAAGCAUUGCGAAGCUGUCGGGAGACAUCUGUAUGAUCAGGCGUGAGGCCCAGAAGACCAAUAAAGAGAUCUAUGGCCUUCAGUCAGCCCUCAAAAAUUGUGUUGGCGAUUUUGAGAAGAAGGUAAUGCAGCUCUUAGGCAAGAUGGAGACUUCCAACUCUGAUCAAAGCUCGAAUUUAAAGACAGUCCAGGGAGAUCAACAUCGGGAAUUGCAACUCCUGGAUUUCAAGUUUACAAGUAUUCUAAGUGACUUCAAGGAUCAGAUACAGACUCAUCGGAAGUGGACACAGGUGCGGUUGACACAGACUGAAGAAGAUGAAGCCCAGCACAGGCAUCAGCUGCUUGACUCGGUGAAGGAGAGACUGGAAAGGGCAGAAAAAAGAGUUGAAGAAAAGCUCCUAUUUCUGUCACUGAAGCUAGAACAAAUGGAUAAACCACAGAAAUACGAAAAGCAGUUGAACCAGGUGAAACGAGAUGAAAAAAACCUGCAUGCAAGAAUCACCAGAUUUGAAAAACAGAUCUGGAAGGAACUUGAGGAAAUCCAGAAUGAAUACAGAUCAGGAUUUCAAUCCACUCACGAGUCUCUGGAGCUGCUCAAACAAAUACAGAACACCAAGCUGAAACUUGAAAAAAAGAAAAUUCAGAAAGACAUGAAAAAGACACAAUGA